UGUCCUCCGUAUAUAUAUAUAUAUAUAUAUAUUAUAUUCUUUUCAUUAUUCUAACCCCUCAUUAUAAUAAUGCUCUACCCAAAUUCGAUUUUGGACCAGACCCAUCACGUGAAAUUUGAUUAAAAUAAAUCUUUCUUACAUAAUACUAAUUAAUUCUCUCUCUCUCUCUCCCCCCCCUCUCUCAUAUGCAUAAUAUUUCAACCCAGAAGAAAGACUCACGUCGCCACCUGCUCUUUGUCUGUUUACUCUUUGUUUCAACGAUUCCCUUGAGUGCAGAAAAUGUUGGGUAACUGUGAGAAGAUGGUGCUCAUCCCUCCAACUCCAAACGAAUGGUCACAGCAGAACCAGAUAGAUGAUCCAAACGGCUUGAUGGCUUCCACGGGUAGGGUAAUGGAAAAGCCAGAACAACAACAGCAACAACAGCAACAAGCUCUGAGGUGUCCGCGCUGCGAUUCAUCAAACACAAAGUUCUGCUACUACAACAACUACAGUUUGUCUCAGCCGAGGCAUUUCUGCAAGGCCUGCAAGCGUUACUGGACAAGAGGGGGAACUCUAAGAAACGUUCCUGUAGGUGGUGGGUGCAGGAAAAACAAGCGCGUGAAGAGGCCUGCAGCACCUUCCGCCAUUGAUGGAGCUUCAUCUUCAUCAGCUCCUCCAGACGCUCCAUCUCAACCGCACAUGGAUAUAUCUGGUUCCACAUCAAAUCAUAUGAGUCCUCUGUUUUAUGGAGGUUCUGAUAUCGUGAGAUCACUUCCAUUUCCCAGGUUCAAUAUUCCCAGAGUUUCCGGUGAAACUGUUUCUGGGUAUGAUCUCCAACCCCAGAUGAAUGCUCUUGGGCUUGGAUUUUCGUCUGGAAUUCUGUCUAAUGAUGGUGGUGAUCAUGAUUUCCGAAAUGGGUUUAAUCCUGCUAAGCAAAUCCAAGAUCUCUCCAGCUAUAAUUCCAUCUUCGGCUCCUCUGCUAAUUCUACCACCACUUCUCCAACCAUGGCUUCCCUCCUAAGCUCUAGCUUUCAGCAACAGAAAUUCGUCAAUGGAGGCAUCAAAGACAUUCGACCACCCAACCAUUUUCAAGGCUUUGGACCCUUUGAAGGGUUGCAAAUAAUGGGUAACACUGAAGCGGGGAUUUCCAUGAAAGAAGUGAAAGUAGAAGACAGCCAAAACCGGUCGGAUUGGAAUCAAAUGGAUCAAGUCGGGUUGUCGGAUCCUACUCUCUAUUGGAAUGCAACAAGUAUUGGUGCUUGGAAUGAUCCCGGAAACAUCGGGUCUUCGGUCACUUCUUUGAUCUAGCAAAAAACAAACGUCAUUUUCUAUUGUCUCUCCCUCCUUUUCAGUCAUUUCUGUUGUAGUGGGUUUCAAAAUCAAAAUUCGAAAAAAAAAAGAAGAAAAAAAAAGAAAAGAAAGAAAAGCAAGAUUUCACAAAUGAAGCAACGAUGGGAGGAACGGGAUCGGAGCGAUCAUGUCAGCUGCAAAGAAUCAGCCGGUUAGUUUUAUUAUCAAGGUUGAGACUCACCAAUUGCGCUGAGAGGAACCUCGGAUCCUCUUCAUCUCAUCGCCUGGGUAUUAUCAGUGUGGAAGCUAAGGUUUAAUUUUCCUUUGAGAAUAUUGAGGAUCCUUUGGAGCAACCUAGUUAAUGAUCAGUAAGUAGGUUUUUAUUUUGUAUGUAUAUAUGCAUGACCAUGUCCUUUUUUUUUUUUUUGUCUCCUUAAUUUCCAAUGUAUUGGUUACUGGGUGGGGAUUGGGGGGUAUAUGCUGCAGUCCUCAAUGAAGAUCAGCUGAGGAACUAAUAAUUUUUUAUUUAAUUUUUACUAUUUUCUUUCUUUCUGGGGAAGGGUUGGGUAUAAUGGUAUAGAAAGAGAGGGAGAUUUGUUAUUCCAAUGUGGAUUUUUAGUUUAUGUGGUUGGCAUUGGUUACAUGCUGUUUUAGUUUGGUGUCUUGAUGAUAUGGAUAAGGAACUGUGCUUUUGGAAAACAGUGCUGAUAUUUUUCAAACCA